UCGCAACGCUUCGCCGUCAAGGUGCCGUUAGUCGUUUGGAAUACCCUCAUGGCGACGGCGCGGAUGGGAUUCCUUGGCGGCUCGUGGCGGCUGCUAGCCGGCGCACUCCCACGGCACCGGCGGUUGCGGACGAACGUGUCGGCGGCGGCGUGUCCCUUGCUCGUGCUGGCUGCGUGCGCGCUGUCCGUGCGACAGGCGACAUGCCAGCAGACGCGGUCCAUGGGGCCCAAGCUGGUCGACCUGUCAUACGUGUUCGACAAGAACACCGUCUACCCGACCCCGUCGGCAAACUUCUCGAUGGACGUCCACUACCGAAAGACCAAGCACGGAGUCCGGUACCAGGAGGAAAACUUCUGCUCUUCGACGCAAGGCGGCACGCACGUGAUCGCGCCUCGGCACCUGCUCAAGGGCCGCUGGUCCGUGACCGACCUGCCACUCAACCGGCUCGUGGUGCCCGGCGCGGUCAUCGACAUCAGCAUCCAAGUUCUGCGCAGCCGCGAUUACCGGCUGCGCAUCACCGACGUCAUGCGCUGGGAGGACAUCCACGGACGGCUGCCGCAGGGAUGCGUGCUCUUCGUGCGCACCGGCUGGUCCCGCUACUGGCCCUCCUGGUACAAGUACCACGGACACCCAGCGGCCGGCACCAACGGGACCUUCUCGUACCUGCCGUUCGACUCGAGGCCUCACCACCCGGGCAUACACCCGGACACGGCCACGUGGCUCGUGUCCAAGCGGAAAGUGUACGGCGUCGGCAUCGACGCCCCGUCACUGGACUACGGCAUCUCCAAGGAUCUCGGAGCCCAGCACAUCUUGCUCGCGGCCAACAUCUACGGACUAGUGAACGUGGCUAACCUCCAGGAACUGCCGUCCGUCGGCUCGACGCUGUUCGUCUUUCCUAUGAAGAUACGAGGAGCCGGAGCCGCUCCCGUGCGAAUAUUAGCUGUGGUGCCCUGAUACACGAUAGCGGGUGUUCUGGACAUUUAUUCCAACGAGUUGUGGCGCUAAAGUGGCGCUUUAUGCCAAAACGAACUGGCAUAUUUGAGAUGAAGGCCUGCCACGAUUUCCUGCGCUUUCCAGAAUCGAUGUGGUCUCAACCGCGCAAGAUUGCGAGCUUUGCAUUCGCAGCAUUCAGUGAAGCAUUUCUAUUGAGGUCAUAAGAUGUUCGCGCUUUCAGUAAUUUCGGUGCUAGGCAGACGAUAGAAUAGGCCACAGCUGCAAUCUUGUGGACUGCAACUAUUGACUUCUUACGGCACUGUUCAGUGCGAAUCAAGCCACCCUGUGCCGGCUCGCAGCUUGCAGCGAGACAUUGUGAGCCAACCAAAACUGAAUUCUUACACAAGUACUGCUGAAAUUUAGAAACGUUCAGAUAAGCAGCUGAGCACUUUCUCAAAAAUGCCGUUGUCUUUUGCACGUUAUAUUUCUUUUCUCGUCAUUUUCUUUCUUUUAAGGUAUGAUAAAUUCUCAGCAACGUGUAGUGCUUUGAAAAAGGAAGAGUACUGGACCUAGGUCGUUUAUUGGCGUCUACGUAAAACGAAGGUGACACCGUAAACGAUUAUUCUGACUUGUAGUUAACAGCCCGAAAUGUUUAAAUGCUACAGUACCAUACAGCUUUAUUUCGCUUAUAACAUCUUGGCGCAACGCUUUUCAAUCCCCUUUCGUCCUCAGUCGCGACUUGUUUUCUUUCUUUCUUUCUUUUUUCGCAGCUAGAAUUAGCCCAAUAUUUUCCAUGUAGCAACAUAAAUCGAGGAGCUUAGUUGCUAGACAUUGGCCUGCACCUAUAGGCAUAGCUGCCUACAACGUUGUUAGCUACACAUCGCUUGUACUAUAUACCAUGCGUUUUCUGGGAAGUUUGGUCGCCACUUUUUGGUACGGAGGCUCGAUGUUUGUGUGACUUUACACCUUGAAAUGAAGAUCAUAUAAAUCACAUCAUCGUGUGCAUUUCAAGUGUGCGCGAUUUUAGCACUGCACGCCUUCACAUUACCUAUACUGUUCAGAACACGGCACUGAAGCCUGAAGCAAUCAGUAAGAACCAUUUUGAACAUAUAUUUCGCUAUUUAUUUCGCUCAAGAGGAACAAGCAGUUCAGUUGGAGAGACCGCUUCACGGUAUACUGGUCGUCCCCCAUUACAAUGUAAAUCUCACUGUCAGACAUUCUUUCGAGGGCACGCACGCAAAAUAACGCUUGUGUGAACAUUUUAACCACCAAAAACAAAAUGCAUCCACAUUCACAUAAUUUUAAGAAAACAUUUUGCUGUCGCGUUUUCAGUUUCCUUUUCAGGAAUUUCUCGAGUGCGAUGACCGGUUGAAGUAUAUUGGUCGCAAUGGUUAUGUUGAAAAUUCUGCAGCAAGUUGUCCAUUGCGAAUAUUGCUCCUCAUUUACAACGAAAACAAUGUUAAGGUUAAGAAGACUUCCUGUGGGCCAAGAUGUUACAUACAUGACGUAGCAAGAUGACGCUAAAAACGCACAAAACAUGCACAAAAAUGAAAGAAACGGACGUACGCAUGACAGUAGCUUGUUCGCCUCUUUGAUUUUGUGGUGUCUGUGUGUGUUUUCGUGCUUCCUUCUGUGCAUGAUGUUACAGUUAUUGUGUGUGAUGUUGCUGGGUGAUGUCACUACGUAUGUGCUUGGGCCAUUCAUGCAGCAUCAGCCGAGUUGAGAAGCAAACUCAAUUCACUUGUUCUGUGCUUCGUUUGUUUGUAAAUAAAGACCAAUGACCAUUUAGCACUUCUA